AGUCCGCAGCCGUUUCGGCUCAAGGCUCUGUGGCCGGAAAGCGAGCGCUCCUCGUCUGACCCCUUCGGCCGCAGCAGGAAUGGCCCGCCGCACGAGCAGCCUGCUGCUGCCGCUGGCGCUCGUGGCCGCCCUGCCGGUGCUCCUCGGCCGCUGGCCCGCCUUCUGCGGGGCCCCCGCCCGCGCCGCCGCGGGGCCGCCGCGCGCCGCCGGGGCCGCCGCGCUGCCCCCGGGCGCGGAGCAGGUUGUUGCAGCCAUUCCGGACGCCUCCUCCGUGAUCGUGGCUGACGCCAGCGAGGUGAUCCCCCUCCUGUCGUUCAUCUCCUCCAUCUUCCUGGGCAUCACGGGCUACUCGAUCUACACGGCCUUCGGGCCACCGUCGGAGGACCUGCGCGACCCCUUCGAGGAGCACGACGACUGAGCGCGCGCUCGCGCCGCGCGCUCGGGCCGCGCCCUCGGGGGAAAUGCUGGCAGCUUUCGGCUGCCUCCCACUGCUGGCAACGUGUCGUGCGCUGUCGAGACCCAGCCUCCCUCGUUGUUACCUAGCAUGCACAAUCAGCUCGCGCGGGCCGAGUCCGUUAUCCACAGCGUGAGCCGUGGCUGUGAUGACAUCAUGUCAUUUGAUGGCAUACCUGCUGAGAAGCGUGUCAGCAACUUUUUUAUAUUGGUAUAGCUGCUGCCUUCUAGGCGUGCUGGAGGCUGUUUCGCGCUCUCACAGUCUGGGUACUCCAUCGAGGGGCCACAGAG